AUGAUAUGCUGGAAUUUCUGGCAAGGGGGUGUUGCAGUUAUUUGUGAAAGAAGUCAAAAAAGUUCAAGUGAAGAAUGGAAAGUUUCAGGCAACUUUUCAGGAGCAGCAACAAUAUGCUUAUCCACUCACUAUGCCAGAAUUGAUGACGCACCACCAAACCCAUAUAUUUCUUUGUACAUGCAACUUGGAUCAACAAUUAAUGGUUUGCAAUUGACACAGGAACCUAUGAAAAUUCUCACUAAAACACAGAAUCAAGUGCAAAACCGAAUUUGCAAUGGGAGUCCUCCUAAAGGAAAGUCGAAUGAUCCAAUGAUAUGGGUAAUGCAUAGUUGCCUACAAAUUCCAUUGGUUGCUCUUGGGCUGAGUCAAAAAUUGUAG